UGCGGGUGGCUGUGGGCUGGUGAUAGCUGUGGCGGCGUCCAAGAUGUCGACCAAAAAUUUUCGAGUCAGUGACGGGGACUGGAUUUGUCCUGACAAAAAGUGUGGAAAUGUAAACUUUGCUAGAAGAACCAGCUGUAAUCGCUGUGGUCGGGAGAAAACAACUGAGGCCAAGAUGAUGAAAGCUGGGGGCACAGAAAUAGGAAAGACACUUGCAGAAAAGAGCCGAGGACUAUUUAGUGCUAAUGACUGGCAGUGUAAAACUUGCAGUAAUGUGAAUUGGGCCAGAAGAUCAGAGUGUAACAUGUGUAAUACUCCAAAGUAUGCUAAAUUAGAAGAAAGAACAGGAUAUGGUGGUGGUUUUAAUGAAAGAGAAAAUGUUGAAUAUAUAGAAAGAGAAGAAUCUGAUGGAGAAUAUGAUGAGUUUGGACGUAAAAAGAAAAAAUACAGAGGGAAGGCAGUUGGUCCUGCAUCUAUAUUAAAGGAAGUUGAAGAUAAAGAAUCAGAGGGAGAAGAAGAGGAUGAGGAUGAAGAUCUUUCUAAGUAUAAAUUGGAUGAGGAUGAGGAUGAAGAUGAUGCCGACCUCUCAAAAUACAAUCUUGAUGCCAGUGAAGAAGAAGAUAGUAAUAAAAAGAAAUCUAAUAGACGAAGUCGUUCAAAGUCUCGAUCUUCACAUUCACGAUCUUCAUCACGCUCAUCCUCCCCCUCAAGUUCAAGGUCUAGGUCCAGGUCCCGUUCAAGAAGUUCUUCCAGUUCGCAGUCAAGAUCUCGUUCCAGUUCCAGAGAACACUCGAGAUCUCGUGGGUCGAAAUCAAGAUCCAGCUCUAGGUCCACAGGGGCUCUUCCUCCCCACGAAAAAGAUCUUACUCAAGUUCUUCAUCUUCUCCUGAGAGGAACAGAAAAAGAAGUCGGUCUAGAUCUUCUUCACCUGGUGAUCGCAAAAAAAGACGAACAAGAUCACGGUCACCCGAAAGGUUUGGGUUUCUGUAGAAAUAAGAAUGGGUGUUAAGUGUAUUUAAUAUUUCCUAGUCAAGGGUUAGAUUUCUGUCUCUUGUUCUAUUUUAAAUUACACUUUUCAUCUUUAAACUUAAAGAAUCAGAUUGCUUUGUUUAACCUAAUACUAUGAUCAAGUUAUUUAGAAAAGUUCCAGAUCAAACCAUUCUCUGAUCAUUUUAUUGUUUAAAUUCUUAUUUCCAUGUAUAUUAGUAUAGCCAACUCUCGGUUAUUUUUGUCUUUUAAUUGCAACUCAGAAGCUGUAUGUUGAAGUAAUUUUCAGGUUGAUUUUUAUAUUUAUGCUAUUUUAAAUUAAACAUUAGAAAUGGUAGGAAUUCUAGGGCAUUUAAUACAAGUUAACUUCCAAGAUCGUUGGGACUCUGUCCUCAUUUAUGUAUGAAUGCAUUUACAUAGCAAGUUGCUUUGUGCCCUUCAUAAGGAAAUUAUUCUUUGUAGGUUACACAUUUUUCGUCUUAUAGUCCAAAUCCUUCUUUUUUUCAUUUAAAUAAGGACCUUUACUAUAUUACUUUACUGUAUGAUUAAUUUUCUUAGUAUCUAAUACAUAGUUAUUUUGCUAACUUCAUUUGUAAUCUUUGCAAAUUUUACAUAUCCUCUUAGUUUUUAAAAAUAAGGAUUAUGUAAAGUCUGAUAAUAGCUGGGUUCAGUGAUAGGAUUAUCUCAUUCCUGCAGUACAGAAUGAUUAGAAUUCAAAGUUUAGAUGCUAAGAUUACACACAAUUAGUGUGUUUCUGU